AUCAACACGUCAACGCUGCCGCUGCUUCCUCUUCUUCAUCGCGCCGACUCGACUGUGUUUUUUAUUCUUCGCGAAUCAAAUAUCACUCGACAUUGUGAACUGAAUAAUUAAAAAUUAUUUGUUUUGCUGAAUUAAAGUCGAUUGGCAAUUGGAAAGUCGCGAAGGACUUCUAAAAGCGACGAACAAAACGGGACACUUUAUUUAUUUUAACCGACACAGACAAUGAAACUCCUGCUCGUUUUGAGCACCCUGCUGGCGGGGAUUGCCCUUUCCCAGGGGGCCGCAGUGAUGUCCGUGGAUUUGGGCACUGAGUGGAUGAAAGUGGGCGUCGUUUCGCCCGGAGUACCCAUGGAAAUCGCCCUAAAUCGUGAGUCCAAGCGCAAAACCCCUGCGAUUCUGGCAUUCCGCGACGGAACUCGAACCAUCGGCGAGGAUGCCCAGACGAUUGGAAUCAAGGAACCCAAUGCGGCAUAUGGAUAUCUUCUGGAUUUGCUGGGCAAGACCAUAGAUAAUCCCAUUGUUGAUUUGUAUAGGAAACGUUUUCCCUACUACAACAUUGUGGGCGAUCCUGAACGCAACACUGUGAUAUUCCGCAAAAGCGACACCGAGGAGUUUUCUGUGGAAGAACUUGUGGCUCAAAUGUUGGUCAAGGCCAAGCAGUUCGCCCAGGAAUCCACACAGCAGGCCAUCACCGAGUGCGUUUUAACCGUACCAGGUUAUUUUGGCCAAGCGGAGAGGGAAGCCCUGUUGUCGGCCGCCCAGUUGGCCAAUCUUAAGGUGCUUCAACUGAUCAACGACUAUGCGGCGGUGGCCCUUAACUAUGGUGUAUUCCAUCGCGCCGAGAUCAAUGAGACUGCGCAGUAUUUCCUCUUCUACGACAUGGGAGCCUAUAAAACCUCAGCUGCUGUGGUUAGCUAUCAAUUGGUGAAGGAUAAACAGACGCGGGAGAUCAAUCCUGUCGUGCAGGUCCUUGGCGUUGGCUAUGAUCGCACUCUGGGUGGCCUGGAGAUACAGUUGAGACUGCGCGAUUAUUUGGCCGCCGAGUUUAAUGCCUUGAAGAAGACUAAAACGGAUGUGACCACCAGUCCCCGAGCUCUCGCCAAACUGUUCAAGGAAGCGGGUCGCCUGAAGAACGUCCUGUCGGCCAAUACGGAACACUAUGCCCAAAUCGAGAACCUUCUGGAAGAUAUUGACUUUAAGUUGGCCGUUUCGCGUGAGAAACUGGAAGAGAUAUGCGAGGAUCUGUGGCCCAGAGCCACUAAACCAUUGGAACAAGCUUUGGCCUCCUCGCAUCUCAGUUUAGAUGUGAUAAACCAGGUGAUACUGUUUGGCGGCGGCACCCGAGUUCCCCGCGUACAGGAGACCAUUAAGGCUCUCAUCAAACAGGAACUUGGUAAGAAUCUGAAUGCCGAUGAGUCCGCCACCAUGGGAGCGGUUUACAAGGCAGCUGAUCUAUCCGCUGGCUUUAAAGUGAAGAAGUUUGUGGUCAAGGAUGCCACUCUAUUCCCCUUGCAAGUGUCAUUUGAGCGCGAUCCUGGCGAGGGAGCUGCUGUGAAGCAGGUGAAACGUGUCCUGUUCGCCCUUAUGAAUCCUUAUCCCCAGAAGAAGGUGAUCACCUUUAACAAGCACACCGAUGACUUUGAGUUCUAUGUGAACUAUGCUGAGUUGGAUCGUUAUAGCAAGGAGGAGAUUGCUGCCCUGGGCAGCUUGAAUGUGACCAAGGUGCAGCUGAAACAGGUGAAAGAACUGCUUGAGAAAUCGAAGAAGGAACUGGUGGACAAUAAGGGCAUAAAGGCCUACUUCUAUCUGGAUGACUCCGGUAUUUUCCGCUGCACGGGCGUGGAGUACGUGUACGAUAAGCAAAAGCCCGAGGAAGAUGCAGAUGAUGACAGCACUUUGUCCAAAUUGGGAAGUACUUUGAGCAAGUUGUUUACCAAGGAGGGUGAGGACAAGAAGGAGGAUUCAGAGCAGGGCGAAGAGUCGGCCAAUGGUGCUGAAGAACCAAGCAAAACUGAGGAGAGCGAUAAGCUUAAGGAGGAGGAAGCCAACAGCAAGGAGCAAAAGUCUGAGGAAGCCAACAAACAAGAGGCUGAGGCCAAAAACGACACCAUUAAGCUUGUCACGGUUAAAUCUCCCGUGACCUAUGAAUCGCAAACGCAGUUUACCAUUCCGUUAGCCGGUUCCGCUUAUGAUAACUCCGUUGCCAAAUUGGCAUCCAUCAACAAAGCAGAGGAGCAACGUGUCCGACUGGAAUCCGCCUUUAAUGCCCUCGAAGCGCACAUCAUCGAAGUGCAGCAGAAAUUGGAUGAGGAAUCGUUCGCCAAGUGUGCCACUGCUGAGGAGAAGGAGAAACUCCUUGCCGAAUGCAGCGCUUUGGGCGAAUGGCUGUACGAGGAUCUCGAGGACCCCAAGGCAGAGAUCUACGAGGAGAAGCUGGCGCAGCUAAAGAAGCUGUCCAAUGUCUUUUUGGCCCGUCACUGGGAGCACGAGGAGCGGCCAGAGGCUAUUAAAGCGCUCAAGGGUAUGAUCGAUGGCGCCGAGAAGUUCCUGGUCACUGGUCGCAAUCUUACCAAAGACACCAAUCCCGAAAAGGAUGUUUUCACCCAGGUGGAAAUCGAUACGUUGGCCAAGGUGAUUACCGAAACAAAUGCCUGGCUAAAAACAGAGAGUGCAGCCCAGAAAAAACUGGCAAAGAACGCUGAUAUCCGACUGACCGUUAAGGAUAUUACGGACAAAAUGAGCCUGUUGGAUCGUGAGGUCAAGUAUUUGGUUAACAAGAUCAAGAUCUGGAAGCCCAAGGUGAAGCCAGCUGCUGAAAAGAAGAAGGAGGCGGAGGAGGUAGUUAGUUCGGGCAGUGGCGAUGGCACCAAAACGGAAGAGCAAGCCGAAGAGCAGCAGGAGCAACCCGAAAAGGAGGAACAGCAGGAGCCUGUGGAGGAGAUCACUCCAACGCCCACGGAGGAAACGGAAGCCAAGACACCGCACAGUGAGCUCUAAGGAACCGCGAUUAGCAUAACCAGAAGCAUCCGGAGCAGCAGGAAGCCAAGUGCCUGUCUAAGGAUUUGAAAAAGAUUCAAAUCCGGGGAAUAACGGGGGGAAAAAGACGGCAAUUGGUUACGAAACGGGGCGUCUUAAUUUCUAUGUUUUUUUUAGCUAAAGUCGGGGUUAAAUUAUGCUACUUCUAAUCUAAACAAAAGAAAAGCAAACACAAAAACCACACACAAAGUAAUGUAAACCGUAACUAAACUAAAUGUGAAAACCAUUUUCCAUUUCCAUACCAUUCCGCAUAGGAAAUACAAGACUUGAAGAAGUACUCACACGAUCCUCCUCUAUGUAACCACUAUAUCUAUCGAUCUAUUGUAGCGAAAGUAGCGAAACGAAUUGGGUGGGGAGUGAAGAGUAAAGAUCGUAAUAAAUUGAAAUCUUAAAGAUCUAAAGAGGCGAAUAAAGUUUGUACUGUAUUAUAA